UUAAAUAUAAUUCAAUUAAUUUAGGCUUCAUAAAAGUUCCUCCGGUGUCAACACUUAUACUGUACAAGGAACGGGUCAUGAAGGAGGCAGUGGUGGAAACAGUGGAUUGUCAGGUUGUAGGGUCCCGCCCAACCCCCCAUAUAAUAUGGAAACUGGGAAAUCAAACUCUUCAAGGCCACACUAUCAGACAUCGAGACAACAAUGUUACUGUAAGUCGUGUAAAAAUUCAACCAUUCAAAAACAGAACCGGUUUGAGUUUGACCUGCGAAGCCUCUACUCCUGGUAUACCUGAAAUAGUAAUCUCGGAUAAACUUAUUCUUAAUGUUCAACAUGAACCGCAAGUAUCUCUUCGGUUAGGACAAAACCUUGACAGUUUAAACAUUAGGGAAGGAAAUGAUGUCUAUUUUGUUUGCGAAGUUCAAGCAAAUCCUGCAGUGAAAGUUAUUACAUGGAGAUUUAAUGGAUUGGAGAUCAGCAAGGGAGUUCACAGAUCUGGGAACAAUUUAAUUAUUCAGAAUCUGGGCAGACAAUGGGAAGGAAUGUUCACAUGCCAGGCGAAAAAUGAACUAGGAGAGGGAACAAGUAGAGAAUUGAAGCUAAAUAUCAAAUAUGCCCCUGUCUGUGCUGAGGGUCAGCAACAGGUUUAUGAAACUAUGCGAGGAGAACAGCUAGCAGUAUCUUGUUUAGUACAUGCUAACCCGAUCAUACUAGGUUUUUCUGGAAAUUCAACAACACCUCGAGGUCCUAUUACAUAGAGGAUGAAGAUGUUAAGAGUUUUGGAAACCAUAGCAUAGCUCACUUUACACCAAGAAAUGAUAUGGAUUAUGGAACCCUAGAAUGCUGGG